AUGAAGCUUUUCUCUGAAGCCAUCGCAGAAGUGUUGCGAAGAGGUAAACAGCCCAAUAUUGCUAGGCAGCCCAAGAAACUCAUGGGACAUUAUUCCAAGAGACAUGGAGGUUUCAUCUUUGAAAAGGAGAAGGUCCCAAUUUUUGCCAACCCAGACUUGUCCGAUUUUAAACUGAAACCAUACGUCUCUCAUACGACACCCAAGAACCCACUAAGAGCCGCAAAACAAACCAAAGCAUAA